AAGAUACCCAUCAUUCACGAUCCGGGAACCGGCCCUCGAGUGCGAGAUAUGCAUGCCUUCCUCGCGUCGUCAUUCGCUUCGUCCCCAUCCCUCGACGAUCCGCUCUGCGCUGAGUUCGCGCAGGAAGAAAUGCUGGAGAUGUUGUCAAGGUUCCUACCGGAAGAGACUGCACUGACCGUGUGGUUCAACAGAAGCAGAAAAGCCGCACGCGUCUGCCCUGCUUGUAACAGGCUAUAUAGGCUAGGCGACGUCCUACCAGACUUAACGGCUAACCCUCAUGAGGACGUUCACCUGCCCCCAUACGACGCUUCCACAUCGUCGUUCCUCCUGCGGGAACAGGAGUUGAGCGGUCUAUGCUCCCCCGUCUGCUUUGUCAUCGCAGGGAUCAAUUAUUCGAGCGUAGUCCGGCUGCUGUGGGGGCGCACAGAGGACGAACUAGACGAUGAAACGUGGGCCGUGCUUGACGGCCCCGGCUCGGACAUCGCGUCAAAUGACAAAGGACUUAGCAUGUUGCUUAAGAUGACCCGCUGUGUUGACCUUGGUCUUGGCGACUUACUCUUCCCGGAUGAGAACUUGGAU